AACUUGACUGUGGUCCGUCCUACAGGUUGGACACGUUGUGGUUGGAUCAGAUUUUGUUGUAGCUACCUGGGAGCAGACUAGGCGCACCUGAAAGUGAAGCGCGCCUCCUUUCCCCCCUGAAACGAUCCGCUCGGUUUCACUUUCUUUUGAGACAUAAAUAAAAAACAGGAGUGAGACAGAAGACUUUGCCAGUGGAUAAAUAAUUAACCUGACAACUCCAACCGCAGUUUACAGGGGAGCUGACAUGAGGAGCCUGGGAGUGUGACUACCGCCCGAUUGUGCGCUGAGACAAAAAAAAAACAGGCCUACAGGUGUUUGUGUAUGUUUGUUUUUGAUGACAUUUUAUCUGGAUACACCGGACUGUAACCAUGCUUGGAGCGGAGAGCAGGCUGGAGAGCCGGCUGAAGAAGCUGGAGACCCUGUUGAAGACUCCACAGUCAGCACUUAACUUUGAAACACUGCUGGAUUCCAUGAACGCUCUGGCUCAUGAUUUGAACUAUCCUGCCCUGAGGAAAAACAAAAACAUUGAGGCCUUUCUGAAUCGAUAUGAAAAGGUGGUGAGUCAGCUGCGAGAGCUGCAGGUGAAGCUGGACGACUUUGAAAGAGUGAAGUUGAUCGGAAGAGGAGCAUAUGGAGAAGUGCAGCUGGUCCGUCACAAGGCCUCUCAGGAGGUUUAUGCUAUGAAGCAGCUCAGCAAGUUUGAGAUGAUCAAGCGGUCAGACUCUGCAUUCUUCUGGGAGGAGAGACACAUCAUGGCCUUCUCCAACAGUCCCUGGGUUGUCCAGCUGUGCUGUGCUUUCCAAGACGACCGCCACCUCUACAUGGUGAUGGAGUUCAUGCCCGGAGGAGACCUGGUAACACUCACCAUGAACUACGAUAUACCUGAGAAGUGGGCUCGCUUCUACACUGCUGAGGUCGUGUUGGCGCUGGACGCCAUCCACUCCAUGGGCUUCAUCCACCGGGAUGUCAAACCAGACAACAUGCUGCUGGACAAACACGGGCACCUCAAACUGGCAGAUUUCGGCACAUGUAUGAAGAUGGACUCGACGGGCAUGGUGCACUGUGACACAGCUGUUGGCACACCAGACUACAUCUCUCCUGAGGUGCUCCAGUCUCAGGGUGGUGACGGUUACUACGGCCGAGAGUGUGACUGGUGGUCUGUAGGAGUCUUUAUGUUCGAGUUGUUUGUUGGUGAGACUCCUUUCUAUGCAGAGUCCCUGGUUGGAACUUAUGGGAAGAUUAUGAACCACAAGAACUCGCUCGUUUUUCCCGAGGAUGUGGAGAUGUCUCGGGAUGCCAAAGACCUCAUCUGUGCCUUUCUGACUGACAGGAAAGUCCGUCUGGGCCGCUCAGGAGUGGAUGAAAUUCAAAUUCACCCUUUCUUUAAGAACAACCAGUGGACCUUUGACAACAUCAGAGAAACUGUUGCUCCAGUGGUGCCAGAGCUGAACAGCGACAUAGACACCACUAACUUUGACGACAUCGAGGAAGAUAAAAAAGAUGCUGAGACCUUUCCACCACCCAAAGCCUUUGUGGGCAACCAGCUACCGUUCAUCGGCUUCACUUACUUCAAAGAGGACCAGCUGCUGAAAGGAGACAACAGCAGUUCUGUGGAGGAUUCAGAGGAGAGUAGGGAAAGCUCUGAGGAUAAGGAGAAAGACAUUGAAAGCAAGAAAGAGCUGCAGAAAAAGCUUCAUCAGCAGGAGGAGAAGCUCGACAAUGAGAUGCAGGCCAAGAAUGAGCUGGAGCAGAAGUGCAAAAAUGCCACCAACCGUUUAGACAAGAUUGUCAAAGAAUUAGAUAAGGAGAUGAGCAGCAGGCAGAAAGUGGAGGCCUCGCUCAGGCAGCUGGAGAGAGAGCGAGCUCUGCUGCAGCACCAGAGUGCUGACAACCAGCGCAAGGCGGAUAUUGAAAUUGACAGAAAGCGUGGCCUGGAGAACGAAUUGAACAACCUGAGAGACCAGCUUGAGGAUCUGAAGAAGAAAAACCAGAAUUCUCAGAUCUCCAAUGAAAAGAACAUCCAGCUUCAGAAACAACUGGAGGAGGCCAGCGCCGUGCUGCAGGCUGAGCAGGAGGGGGCAGGGCGGCUGAAGAAGAGUCAGGCAGAGGCACAGAAACAGAUUCAGAGCCUUGAGGUCAGCCUGAGGGAGGUGCAAGAAAGAAGCACACAGCUGGAGAACAGCAAGAUGGAGCUGGAGAAGCAGAUGAGGGGGCUGCAAGCUGAGCUGGAGGAGGAAAGAAGAGGUCACAGCCUCGGGACAGAAACUAUUACUGACCUGCAGGGACGACUCUCUCACCUGGAAGACGACAUGAAAGAGUUGAAGGCUUCUCUCUCUAAAGUCCAGGAUGAAAAGAAGCAGCUGCAGGAGAAGUUCAACGAGCUCGAGAAGGAGAAGAGCAACCAAGAGAUCGACUUAGCGUACAAGCUGAAGUCACUGCAGCAGAAUCUGGAGCAGGAGGAGGCAGAGCACAAGGCCACGAAAGCCAAGCUGGCGGAUAAAAACAACAUAAACCAGUCCAUCGAGGUGGCAAAGUCAGAGGCUGUGAAGGAGAUGGAGAGCAACCUACAGGAGGAGCACAGCUUGAAGCUACAGGUGGAGGGAAAGCUGCUACAGCUAGAGAAGGAUUACUCCAUGCUGGACCAUGACUACAAGCAGGGGCAGCACAGACUGGACGAGCUGCAGGCACAGAAGGAGAAACUUUCUGAAGAGAUAAAAAACCUAGCCUCACGCCUGGAGCAGGAGAUCCACAAGCGCAGUCUGAGCCAGAGCGAGCUGAAGAUGCAGAACCAGCAGGUGUCGGUGCUCUGCUCCUCAGAGAAGCAGCUCAAACAGGAGCUCAACCACCUGCUGGACCUCAAGCAGGUCCUGGAGAAGCAGAACCAGGAGCUACGCAGGGAGAAGCAGGAGGCGGGCGGCCAGCUGAAGGACUUGAAGGACCAACUGGAGGCAGAGCAGUAUUUCACGACCCUUUACAAGACGCAGAUCAGAGAGCUGAAGGAGGAGUGCGAUGAGAAGAACAAGCUGUGCAAAGACGCGCGACAACGACUGGCAGAAUAUGAGGAGGAGAGAGACUCUCUGACAUCCCAGCUGGAGGCCAGUUUGACCAAAGCUGACUCUGAGCAGCUGGCUCGCUCCAUUGCUGAGGAGCAGUACUCAGAUCUGGAGAAGGAGAAGAUAAUGAAGGAGCUGGAGAUCAAAGACAUGAUGGCGAGACACAAACAGGAGCUCGGCGACAAGGAGGCUACUAUCAGCUCGCUGGAAGAAUCCAAUCGCACUCUGACAGAGGAUGUGGCCAACCUGGCGAGUGAGAAAGAGGAGCUCAACAACCAGCUGAAAGAGCUGCAGCAGCAGUUGCAGAAAACCAAGGAGGGGGAGAAGCAGAUGAACUUACUCAAAGUGUGCUUUGAAAAGCAGCUGCAGAAUGAAAGGACACUAAAAAUUCAGGCUAUCAACAAGCUAGCUGAAGUGAUGAACAGGAGGGAGACGGUGCGAGGAGGCCACCGGGGCCCUGCCACCGAGGUGCACAGGAAGGAGAAAGAAAACAGGAAGCUGCAGCUGGAGCUGAGAACCGAGAAGGAGAAACUCAACAGCACCAUCAUCAAAUACCAGAGGGAGAUGACGGAGAUGCAGGCGGUGAUAGCAGAGGAGAACCAGAUGCGUCUGGAGCUUCAGAUGACGCUGGACAGUAAAGACAGCGACCUGGAGCAGCUUCGUUGCCAGCUAACCUCCCUCAGUGUUCACUCUCUGGAUUCCACCAGCAUCAGCAGCGGCAACGAGCUGGACACUGGUGAAGGCUAUCCAGACUCGAGGCUGGAAGGCUGGAUUUCACUUCCUAACAAGAACACAAAGCGCUUUGGCUGGGACAGAAAAUACAUAGUAGUGAGCAGUAAGAAGAUCCUGUUCUACAACAGCGAGCGUGACCGAGAGCAGGCCAAUCCUUUCAUGACCCUGGAAAUCGAUAAACUGUUUCAUGUCCGACCCGUCACUCACACUGAUGUGUACCGUGCAGAUGCCAAAGAAGUUCCAAGGAUAUUUCAGAUCCUGUACGCCAAUGAAGGCGAAAGCAAACGCGACCAGGAGAUUGUGGUUGAGCCAACGCAGUACGGAGAUCGUGCCUCUUACAUCAGCCACAAGGGCCAUGAGUUCAUCCUCACUCUCUACCACUUUCCCUCCAGCUGCGAGGCCUGCACUCGGCCCCUGUGGCAUGUUUUUAAGCCCCCGCCGGCCCUCGAGUGCCGCCGCUGCCACACCAAGUGUCACAAAGACCACUUGGACAGAAAGGAGGAAGUUAUUGUACCCUGCAAAGUAAACUACGACAUGUCCACCGCCAAAGAGCUGGUCCUGUUGGCCAGCUCUCAGGAGGAGCAGCAGCGCUGGGUCAGCCACCUCCUCAAACGCAUUCCGAGGAAACAUCCGACCAUGAGUCCCCCCUCUGCAGCACCAAACACUCCUCCUGAAGCAACGUCACGCUCAUCUCCAAGAAUGUCCCCCAGAGCUUCACCCCGGGGUUCACCUCACAUGUCGGCCCACCGAGGAGCCUUCAAGAUCCAGUCCACAAGACAGCCACAGACAUCGGGGAAGGGCAGUUAACCCCUGCUGAUCAAAGAUGUGCAUUUUCAUCUUUGUGGAUUAACGACAGCAGUCUAGAGGCAGUGUCUACACGUGUUGUUUCUUCAGGGAAGUAGACUGAAAAAACCCGCUAAUCACAGAAUCUGGCUGUCGUCAUGAGAACCGAGACUGUCUUUGUUAUUUUAACAAGAGGGAAAAUGAGCAGUAUUCAUAUUCAAGGGAGAUUUAAUCUAAAAAAAAAAGGUAAAAGCCUCAGCCUGACACUUGGAGAUUAAAGCUGCCUUAUUUUAAUAUCACAAAAACAUGGACUUUGUUUUCAGCCAGCUGCAGUGACUCACAUGGAUUUGUGUUAGUGGGGUGCUAGCAUGUGUGUGAACGUUUGUAUAUAGGAUUAAGAGGUCUGUCUGUGUAUUAUAUCACAGAAAGUAUAGCUAAUAGUAGUUGAUUGUUUUAUUUUAAUUGAAAUGAGUCAGCAGCACAUUAUAUAGUAUAUCCUUGUCUUGUAAAUGAAUACAGUUUUACUGCUUUCAAGAUUUUACAUCACUGUGACUGUUGUUUCUUGGAAAUAUUUGCUGCAUAUAGUAGAUCCAUUAAAACACAAAACAAUCCAAUA